AUGACGGGAGGUCUUCGCAUAUCCAACUUGGAUGCUCUCUCAUUAACCACCGCUGCCUUCGUCUUCGCUCUUGUCAGCUUCGUGAUCGCCAUCGCCGCUCUCGUUGUCUCAAUUAUUGCCAUCGUGAACUCGGCGAGGGACCGCGAGUGCGAUGCUCUCCUUCACGUCACUGACCUCGAUGAUCGCGACUGUGUGGUCGACAUGUGGGAGGCUCUUGCCAUCGAUGAUCGUCACCCAGCUCGUCUGAAUCAAGCAGCGUACAGGCAGAUGCGAUGUGAACGCAUGGCACGUCUGCGAUUGGAGCAGACUUGUUCGCUGCUAGACGAGCAGCAAGUCAAAGAUCGCCUGCACGAAUAUCUCGAGGACGCGCAAACCAUCCAACGUUUCCUCGUUUCCGACCUCGCCGGCAUCGCCUCCUCGGUCUCGCUCGCUGCCCCUGAGCUCCUCUCACGUCGCUCGCAGGCUCUUCAUGCUCUCACUAACCGUGGGGACAAGCGGAUGAAGAGGAGUGAGGAGAGAAACUCGCGCUCUGCUCCUGCCCCUCCUCUCUCAUCCUGUUCCAUCCGCCUCUUCAACGAGCAGUAUGUGGUGAAGCCGCCGCAGUCGAGGGUUGAAUUUGGUUGGCACACGGACGAGGCUGAGCAGCUUCAGAUGUGCCUGCAGCGACCGCAGUCUCCCUACGUCUCCGUCUGGCUUCCUCUUUGUGACACAACUUUUCACAACGGAACACUCGAGAUCCUUCCGCUAGGAGACGCCUGCUACCUCAAUCCCCCCCCCGGGGUUGACAAGCAUCAUCCCUUCUUCCUCUCCGUCUCCUCCUCCUUCUCCGGCUCCCCCCGGACCGACGACAUCUCUAGAAAGAGCAGCGAGGAAGGAGACCGUGAGCAGACUGCGAGCGAGGCCUCAGGCAGCAAGCGAGAGCAGGCGAGCUCUUGUCCUAUUGGCAGCGUCCUUUCGGUAGAGGCCGGCACUGCUGUGGUCUUUGCUUCAGAUGUUUGGCACCGGAGCAGCUUCAACGAGUCUGACAAGUUUCGACCAGUAUUCUACGCUCAAUAUUCCCUCGGCUGCUUGCUGAGCGAUGGAAGUCUUGCCAUCGAUGAAGCUCAUAUCAAAUCGUCCGGUCCUCUUGCGUUCGGAGUUCCUUGUGACAUGGUCAAGUGUGGCCGCUGCUCAGCCAAAGCUCUCAGAGGGGAGGGACAAGAAAAGCCUUGA